GGUUAAUCAAGAAGCAGAGAAGCAGGAGAUUGCGACAACGCUGACCUGGAAUUUAUAAUUCCUUUCCGAAUCCGAUCGUUGAAAAUUUGAACUAAUUUGAGGCUCUUUUCGCUGCAUCGCAUUUACAGAAUCUGUGCAUUAAUCUGCUUCUAGGUACCCGUAGAUGCCGUUCGAUUCCAAUUUACAGGAGAAAUAGGAAGAGGAGGAAGAAGAAGAAGGCAACGAAGGAGAACUGGAGAAGGAAGAACCAGCAGAAGCUCCUAGCAGAAACCAAGCAUUGGUAGCGAGUUUGAGACAGGGAUAUAGAGACUUGAGGGACAGGGAGAGGGGCGAGGGGGGAAGGAGAGGAUUUUAUUUGUCAUGAUCUCAUGUGUCGAGACCAAUCGUAGUCGAAAUGAUCCACAGCAGCAGCAGCAACAGCAACGGCAUGAUGUCUUCCUCGUCGGCGGCGAACGCGCAAUCUCCAGGGCUGAAGACCUAUUUCAAGACACCUGAUGGCCGUUAUAAACUCCAGUACGAGAAGACUCACCCUGCCGGUCUCCUUCACUAUGCCCAUGGCAAAGCCGUUACUCAGGCAACCCUUGCACACCUCAAGGAAAAACCCUCACAAGUAUCGCCUGCUCCGUCUUCGAGCCUGAGCUCUGGCAGCGGAGUGAGAUUAGCGGCAGCGAGGUUAUUGGGUGGUGGGAACGGCAGCCGUGCACUUGGCUUUGUAGGUGGGAAUGGUUCGAGUAAAAACCUAUCGGGGAAUAGCAGGACUGGUUCAUUGGGGAGUUCUAGUACCAGUGGUAGUCCGUUUAUUUUGAAUUAUGAUAGCAAAGGGACUUAUUUGAUAUUCAAUGUGGGCGACACCCUAUUCAUCAGCGACUUCAAUUCUCAAGAUAAGGAUCCUAUAAAAGCUCUCCAUUUCAGCAAUUCAAACCCGGUGUGCCACGCAUUUGAUCCCGAAGCUAAGGAUGGCCAUGACUUGCUUAUUGGAUUGAAUUCUGGAGAUGUCUAUUCGGUGUCACUGAGGCAGCAAUUGCAAGAUGUUGGAAAGAAGCUCGUCACUGCCCAACAUUACAACAAAGAUGGUUCCGUUAAUAGUGGUCGAUGUACUAGUGUUGCAUGGGUACCUGAAGGUGAUGGAGCUUUUGUUGUUGCUCAUGCUGAUGGAAACUUGUAUGUUUAUGAAAAGAGCAAGGAUGGUGCUGGAGAUUCUUCAUUCCCUGUUAUCAAGGAUCAAGCUCAAUUUUCUGUUGCACAUGCACGGUCCAGUAAGAGUAAUCCAGUUGCCAGAUGGCAUAUUUGCCAAGGUUCAAUCAAUAGCAUUGCUUUCUCAAAAGAUAGGACAUAUUUGGCAACUGUUGGAAGAGAUGGUUACUUACGGGUAUUUGACUAUUCAAAAGAACAGCUAAUAUGUGGUGGGAAAAGCUACUAUGGUGCUCUACUGUGCUGUGCUUGGAGCAUGGAUGGGAAGUACAUUCUGACUGGAGGUGAAGAUGAUCUAGUACAAGUUUGGAGCAUGGAAGAUCGGAAAGUCGUGGCAUGGGGUGAGGGGCACAGCUCAUGGGUUAGUGGAGUUGCUUUUGACUCGUACUGGUCAUCACCUACUUCAGAUGGCACAGGGGAAAAUGUCGUGUACCGUUUUGGUUCUGUUGGUCAGGACACACAGUUGCUUCUGUGGGACCUGGCAAUGGAUGAGAUUGUGGUGCCUUUGCGCCGAGUACCACCUGGUGGGUCCCCUACCUUUAGCACUGGAAGCCAGUCAUCUCAUUGGGACACCAUUUGCCCAGUGGGUACUCUCCAACCUGCUCCAUGCAUCCGAGAUGUGCCAAAACUCUCCCCUGUAGUGUCUCAUCGUGUGCAUGUGGAACCCCUCUCUGGGUUGAUAUUUACCCAAGAGUCUGUUGUCACCGUUUGCCGGGAAGGACAUGUAAAAAUCUGGAUGAGACCUGGGAAUGCUGAAAGCCAGUCAAGCAACUCGGAGAAUGUGCUAACUUCCAGUUCAAAAGAGAAGCUACCAUUGUCAGCCAAAGUUGGCAGUGCCAUUUGCAAGCAAUAACAGAGCAGUAUACACCAUGUCAUGCUAAGUUUAAAGUUUUUAUUUUUGCAGGAUUGCAGCUCCAAUUGCUAAUAUAUACUAUUUAGUGCAUUGCUGUCCAAUGCGUGUUCUUGGAUUAAGCAGGUUGUAAACUUAUAAGGUCAUUGGGUCCAUUACCCAAUGUGCUUGCGAUGAGAUCAAAAGCCAAGUUCCAUUGUAUAUUUUCUAGGGAUAAAAUGCCAGUGAUGGCAGAGAGGAAAAGGAGGGGAGGGGGAGGUUGUCAAUGUUGUAAGCAAAUAUGCACAGGCUAUACAAAAUAGCCAUGUAUUGCUAUAAAAUUUCUGGCGACCGGAAGAAAUAAUCGACAUUGGUCUUGUGCAA